AUGGGCAACGAAUCGUCUACGAUGGUAGACGAGGCUACACCUCCCACAACACUCAAGCGCCGUGAUCUCGAGUCAGUGGCCAAAUACAUUCUCGAGAAAGAUACUCGGAAAAUUGUUGUUCUGACCGGCGCAGGCAUCAGCACAUCUGCUGGAAUCCCAGAUUUCAGAUCUCCAGAUACAGGCCUGUACUCGAAUUUAGCCCAUUUGGAAUUACCGGACCCAGAAGCAGUAUUUAACAUUACCUUUUUCCGAGAUAACCCUGUUCCAUUCUAUACACUCGCCAAAGAGCUUUAUCCUGGCCGGUACCGACCGACCAUAGCGCACUCAUUUAUCAGCCUUCUGCACAAAAAGGGUCGCCUCCUGAAGCUUUUUACACAGAAUAUUGAUUGUUUGGAACGGGAAGCCGGUCUUCCAGGAGAACUAAUCAUUGAUGCUCAUGGAAGUUUUGCUUCCCAGCAUUGUAUCGACUGCAAGAGCCUUUACCCCGACGAGCUCAUGAAACAAGCCAUUGCCAAGGGCGAGGUCCCCCAUUGCGUGACACCACAAUGUAACGGCCUUGUGAAGCCGGAUAUAGUCUUUUUUGGCGAAGCGCUGCCGGAAGCUUUCUUCCUCAACCGCGAGCUACCCGCAGAAGCCGACCUGUGCAUUGUCAUGGGCACCAGCCUGACUGUUCAGCCAUUUGCAAGUCUGCCCAGUUUUUGCCGCGAUGAGACGCCUCGCCUGCUGAUCAACAUGGAGCAAGUUGGCGGUCUCGGGUCUCGUACAGACGACGUGCUUCUACUUGGAGAUUGUGACGAAGGCGUACGCAAACUCGCCCAGGCUCUAGGCUGGUUGGAGGAGUUGGAGGCUCUCUGGGAGGAGACCAACCCCAAUAAAGAAGAUCGAGACCAGGAGACAGCGCCCAAGAAGACGCGCGACGAGCGGUUGCACGACGAAGUCGAACGCCUCACAGCUGACGUCGACCGGGCGUUGCACGUAUCAAAUACUCACCAAGAUCAUCUACAAAACUAUUUGGCAAAACAUGUUGCAAAGAAGGCCGACACGGCUAAACAGGCCGACAGUGCUGAGGGGACGGUUGUUUCGGCGCUGGACAAGGAUAACGUUCAGGGCGAGACCAAGACUCCCGCUGAGAAGGAAGAAAAGAUUCUCCGGCCCAAUGCUACAGGCGGCUUGGAUCAUGUUUUCCCGCAUUUGGCGGAUAAGAAGCCUCGACCUCCGUAA